AGCAGCUGCCACAUGCAACGUGCAGCAAAUUGCUGAGCAAUGCGCAUCCAUGAUUCCAUUGCCAUUUCCAUGCAUCCAUGUGCCGGAUUUCUCACCAGCUGACCAUCUUUCGUAGCAAGCUGGAGGGGGAAGGUCUGCACGCCUUUGGUCGCACUGUGCUGGGUUCCCCCAACCUUGAGCUGUCAUUCUGGGCGACAGCUGGCCUUGAAGAGGGUGUCCCUCUUCUUCUCGAGAUCGCCCUCUACCUCGUGCUCUUCUUCAGCUGCGGCAUCGCCACCGGCUUCCUCCUCGCGCGCUACUUCACGCUGUGCCUGUCCCUGUACCGAGGGGGCCCCGCAGCUGCCCACUCCGCGGUGCACUGACCCUCCCCACCCGCCACCACCCACCCCGCGCAGGGCACCUGCAGCAAGGGGCCAGGAUGGGGCCCGCGCAGCAAUGCCAGCCCUGACCGCUCUCUAGGAAGAACGUCCUAGGGCAUCCCGAUGUUGCCUCGUCGUCACUGACCCCGUGCGUGCCCCCCGUGCCCGCCUGCGCGCCCUGCCACGCUGGCGGCCAGCUUCAAGCGCCACCAGGCCAGCCACGCGCACACGCCCGGCCCCCCCUCCCUCUCCGUCACCAUUGCUUGCCCCCCCCGCAGCCCCGCCACGUCCAAGCCCAAAGUCGCCACCCCCCGGCCGCGGCCCAAGAGGCCUUCCGUGAGCCGGAGGAUGGGCCGCAUCCGCGACGUGCUGCGGCACCGGGGGUGCCUCUACUCAGCCGCGUGUGCGGCGCUCUUGCUGCUCCUCUUUGCCCUGGUACCCCCCAUCCCGCAGCCAGAGGCGUAUCACCGCUUCGCCGACCGGCGGACGUUGAUUGGCGGGGUGCCCAACACACUGAAUGUGGUCAGCAACUUCCCGUUCCUCAUCAUCGGCGUGUUCGGUCUCGUCACCGCCCUACACGGCAACCGCUUCGGCUUCACGUGCGGGGGCGAAGUGGCGGGGUGGGCGUGCUUCUUUUUGGGCGUGGCCGCCACCGCCUUUGGCUCCGCCUACUACCACCUGCGCCCCAACGACGGCCGCCUCGUCUGGGACCGCCUCCCGAUGACGGUGGCCUUCACGUCGCUGGUGGUUCUCUUUGUGGUGGAGCGCUUGUCGGAGCGCGGCGGCACCGUGGCGCUCCUCCCCGCGCUGGCGGCCGGCAUCGCCUCCGUGGCCUACUGGAGGCUGACGGACGACCUGCGGCCGUACCUGCUGGUGCAGUUCGUGCCGCUGCUGCUCCUCCCCGCGCUCGCGCUGCUCACCCCCGCCAAGUACUCCCACUCCGCCGCCUGGCUCGGCGCGGCCGCCUGCUACGCCGCGGCCAAGCUCGCGGAGGUGGGCGACGGCCUCGUGUUCCGGCUGAGCGGCGCGGUGGUGAGCGGGCACACGGUGAAGCACCUGCUGGCGGCCGCGGUGCCGGUCUACCUCCUGCUCAUGCUGCACCGCCGCGCGCUGCUGGCGGAGCGGGUGUCGGAACUAGAGCGGUGGGGGUGGGGGCCCGGGCGGGGGCGGGAGAAGGCGGGGGAGGCCACGGGGCAAGAGGGGCUGUUCGGGGACGAGGAGGAGGGGGCCGCGCAAGAGAGCCAGGGCUUGCUCCCCCGUGGCUCCUCGAGCGAACCACGUGUAUCAUAGGCUCUGCAUCUGACCGGGGAUGGUCGCACCACCCCUCAGUGUCGGGCCCCUACCGCUCGCGUGCCCUUAUGUCAGUGGCCGCUCGUGACUGUGGUGCACUUGAUGCAUGCCGACCGUCGAGCAUGAGCACGGAACUUGUGGGACGAACUCUCCUGGUGUGCUACCUACAGGACACACGAGGGCAGGCUGCAACCAUCUACCAGGCCGACAUGACAUGCGGGUGUAUGAAGCUCGAUUGCAUUUGCAGGAACAUGUAAUAUCGGACCCGGAACUCCAAGUAAGAUACAGCUUGGCUCUUCCGUCGAACUUCAGCUAGAGUGCUUCAAUGUUUCUGAUGCACGUUUUUCUUAUAUCGAUCAAACUUCUACAUGAAAGUGGUAACUUCUGCAAAACGCAUGGCGUCAGAUUCGAUGAGAUGCAGUACGUUGUCCGUUACACAAGUGCUUUGUAACAAAGCUUGUAAAUCCCGC